GUCCGCCAAGCAUCACCAUCCGGCAUAUUCUUUGACAUACCUACUCAGUCAGGAACCCGUGACAACCUCAGUUCCGUUCCUCAUUUUCAUAUGGCGGACCUUGACGGCAACCUGCUCGACAAACUUGAACAACAUUAAAAAAGCACAUCCUAUCCUAAAGGGAGCAGUACCCAGACCAACCAACACCUUCACGACUUCAACAACCAAAAAUGGGCUCGACAACACCCACCACCUCCCUCCCCUCAGCCUCCUCACCCUCUCUCACUCUCACCCUCGCCCACGAAGACGAGCGUCCCAAAACAUGGUCUCUCACCCACCCCAUGUGGGGACCCGCUCUCUCUCACUCCGAGUACCUCGCGCGUGAACACUUCAUGACGACGCUCCCGCUCGCCAAAGACGGUGGUCUGACGCACUGGAUCCUGACCGACAGCAACUCCCCUCAGGCAGAAAGCAGCAACCAACGACCCAUCCUCUCCUCCUGCGAAACCCUCCGCAAACACGCCGUCGCCGCUCGCUACGACCCUUCUUCCGACCGCGUCAUUCUCACCGAAGGCAUCUCGCACGGCAUCGGCUCCGUGUUCACCGACCCUCAGUACCGCGGCAAGGGAUACGCCAACAGGAUGAUGCAGGAAUUAGGCAAGCGGUUACGCACUUGGCAAGUCACGGAUAAGAAAGACCGGCCUGAGUCUCCUCCCCUUGCCCAAGACGGAAAAACCCUAGGGAAAGAAGAAGAGGCAACAACAACCCUCUUCUCAGUCCUCUACUCCGACAUAGGCAAAUCCUUCUAUGCCAAAAACGGAUGGAAGGCCUUUCCCUCAGCGCACGUAUCUUUCAAACCCAUCAAAUCCUCUUCCUCAUCCUCAUCCUCCUCCUCCAAGCCAUCCCCCUUCUCCCCCGCUACUCCUCCCUUCCCACCCAACCUCUCCCCCAUAAGCUACCACACCCUCCCUCCCCUCUGCACCCUCGACACCACCCACCUCCUCACCCAAACCCUCCCCCGACUUGCCCGCUCCAACCCCUCCAAAACCCACGUCGCCUUGCUUCCCGACCUUGACUGCCUCCUCUGGCAUUUACUCCGCGAAGAUUUCAUGACGCAACACAUUUUCCAGCGCACCCCUUCCGUGCGGGGGGCUAUUUAUAGCUGCCCUAACAGGAAUGGGCAAAGAGUCUGGGCCGUCUGGACCCGCUCUUAUUACCGGGGUUUGGAGAGUGAGAGUAUCGAGGGGAAUCACAUGCAUAUUCUCCGUUUCGUCAUGGAAGGGGUAGAGGAUCUGGGGAACGAGGAGUCUCUCAAGAAAGUGACAGAGGACCCAGAAACAGAAAAAUAUCUGGUGGAAGCAUUCCGGGCGAUUUUGGCUGUGGCGCAACGAGAGGCGGCGGAGUGGAGGGUGCAGGAUGUGCAGAUGUGGAAUCCGAGUCCGUUGGUGAGUCGGUUGGUUGAGAAAGCCGGGAUUGAGGGCGGGUACGAGAUGGUGGAGAGGGAUAUGGAUAGCAUUCCCAGCUUGAUGUGGUAUGGGGCUGAGGGCAUGGAGGGUGGUCGGACCGAGGAUGUCGAGUGGGUUGCUAAUGAAAAGUAUGGGUGGUGCUGAAGUUAUAAGCGGGCGUUGUUUUUUCUUCUUUUUUUAUUUCCCUUGGUUUUCCUACCUUGGAUAUUGUCACUUCCUUUUGCAUAUACACAGACACCGGUACAACAGUACUGGAACUGGGGGUCAUGUCAACAAUACAACGAGUAUUAUUGACUAGGUAUAGGCUACCGUAUACCAACCACUAUAAAUCUGAUAACGAAAGCACAGCUGGAUAUCAUCAACAAAAACAUAAUAUCAGUCAUUCCGCGUACCAAACUCCAGACACAACCAGCCAGGCCCAAAACCCCUUCCUCCCACAUCCGCCGCUAGCAAAAGCUACGAACCCCCCAUCUACAACAUCACAGCUUUUUCAUCAGCUUAAGGGGCCGGCACCUUGUUCGCGUCCCACCAGGGAAAGAACCUCUCUCCCUCGGACAACGUCUUGAUCGUGC